CAGCUGCGUUGGCCAGCACCUCCAUGAUGGAGGCGAUUUGAGAGUGGAAGUCCACCGCUGCUGCCGACAUGGUCCCUGUAACAGCGGGCUCUCAGGGUGCGUCAACCGGCUCCAGCUGUACAGACACGGAUCCUGACAGCGGGAUUUCUGUCUGCUACAGUCAGCUUCCUUCCGUCCAUUUCUACAAAAACCGAAUAAACCAGAGCAGGGGAUAAUGGAAAUGAACACAAACCUGAGAGGAAACAGCAGGCACGGGAAAUACAGUUGCUUUGACAGUCAGUUACAGUGAAGAGGAACCGCUAAAGGACUCAGCCAGCACCGGUCUCCUCUUUCUUCAUCUCCUCCAUUUUGGUUGUCAGUGAUGGAGCACAUCCGGACUCCCAAGGUGGAGAAUGUGCGUCUCCUGGACCGCUCAUCAGGCCAGAGAAAAGCUGGCAUUGGGACCCUUUACCUUUCUGCCACACACACCAUCUUUGUUGAGAACAACCCAGAGACACGCAAGGAGACGUGGGUGUUACACACCAUGGUGAGCAGUGUGGACAGGCCACCUACCACACCCACGGGAAGUCAGCUGAUCCUGCGCUGUAAGGACUUCAGAAUUAUCCAGAUCCUUAUCCCACAGGAAAGGGACUGUUUGGACGUUCACGCCUCAUUGGUCAGGUUGUCACGGCCUGAGAAAUACAGUGAGCUUUACUGCUUGUCCUUUAAUCCCAAUGUGAACAAAGAGGAAAGACAGGAGUCAUGGAAUUUUAUUGACGUUAUGGCUGACUACAAAAGAAUGGGAGUUCCCAACAACCUGUGGGUGGGCACAGCAGCCAACAGUGAAUACAGGGUCUGUGACACAUAUCCAGCUGAGCUAUUUGUUCCCAAGUCAGCCACUCCUGCCAUCAUUGUUGGCAGCUCGAAGUUCAGGAGUCGAGGACGAUUUCCUGCUCUGUCCUACUUUCAUCAGGAUACACUGGCGGCAGUGUGUCGUUGCAGUCAGCCGUUGUCAGGCUUCAGUGCACGCUGUCACGAGGAUGAAAUGAUGCUCCAGGCCGUGAUGAAGUCCAACCCUGGCAGUGACUAUAUCUACGUGGUGGACACUAGACCCAAGCUAAAUGCCAUGGCCAAUCGAGCAGCAGGUAAAGGCUAUGAGAAUGAAGAUCAUUACACCAACAUCAAGCUGCAGUUCAUCGGCAUAGAGAACAUCCAUGUGAUGAGGAGCAGCCAACAGAAGAUCAUUGAUGUGGGUGAAAUGCGAUCUCCAUCCAUGACUGACUUCCUGUGGGGUCUAGAGAACUCUGGUUGGCUGAAACACAUCAAAGCUAUAGUGGAUGCGGGAGUCUUUAUUGCCAGGGCGGUGGCAGACGAGGGUGUCAGCGUUCUGGUCCACUGCUCUGAUGGCUGGGACAGGACAGCUCAGGCCUGUUCUGUGGCCAGUGUUCUGUUAGACCCCUAUUACAGAACCAUCAAAGGACUCAUGGUGCUCAUAGAGAGAGACUGGGUUUCCUUUGGACACAAGUUCUCCCAUAGGUAUGCCCACCUGGAUGGAGAUCCCAAAGAAGUGUCUCCGGUCAUUGAUCAGUUCCUGGACUGUGUGUGGCAGCUGUCAGAACAGUUCCCAUGUGCCUUUGAGUUUAACGAGCGCUUCCUCGUCACCAUUCACACACAUGUCUACUCCUGUCAGCACGGCAGCUUUGUGGGCAACUGUGAGAAAGAGCGCAGAGACCUGAGGCUCCGUGAGCGGACUCACUCUUUGUGGCCUCAGCUAUGGAAGGACAGAAGCCAAUACACCAACCCGCUUUACAAAGCAGAGUUGACCCAGAGUCAGGGCAUCCUACGACCCAACACCACCCCCUAUUGCUUCAAAAUGUGGAAAGGUCUCUACAACAAAGCGGACAAGUCCGUGACUCCACACCAGUCGCCUGCCGACUACCUGACUGCCGUGAGAGAGGAGUCCCAGCAGCUGGAGGAGGAGCUGACCAAUCACCAGGAGAGGAUAGCAGCUCUUACCGGGAAGCCAAUCACGUGGGAGAAGACUGAAGUUCCCAGGAGGGUGAGGAAGAGCUGCCUGCAGCAGAGACACUGUGGGCCAGAUCCACCUUCCACUUAUGCAGACCAGAACACCAGCCCCAGACAGGGUGGCAGUCGCUCAGUCUUCUCUGAGCCGACCAAUCAGAAGCCUCAGCGACAGAACAAAGCUUUCGCCCUGCCCAUAGAGCCGCACAAACAAGAACCAGAUGACCUGUCCACCUGCAGCGACCUGGAGUCAGGAGUGGCUGACCUCAGCAGCCGUUCGUCCAGUGGUGGAGACUACUGCAAGGACCAGGACAUGGACUGAGGGAGUCUGCUCAGCUGCAACUGUCAGAUGAUUAGGACAUUUUUCCAUGAACAGGACAUUAUGUUGGAUUUUUGGAAUUAUACUCCAGUUUGGAGGAAAAAUGAGGUAUGAAUUGUAAUAACUGAUCUUGAAACUACCUAAAAAAACUGCCAUAACUAAGCGACUAGUGCAGGCGUGGGCAAACUUUUUGACUCACGGGCCACAAUUGUCCCGUAACUUAGAUAAAUGACAUGUAAAAGUUAUGCUUUUACCAUUUUAGCGCCAUCCAUUAGGGGAACGUGGGUAUUGCAGGGAGCAGCCACAAGUAUAAUGAUAAUAUAAAUCAAUUCUAUAAUUUGGAAAAGUUUGGCAGGCCGGAUUGAAAAGCUGAACAGGCCACAUCCGGCCCCCGGACCGUAGUUUGUCCAUGCCUGGACUAGUGUGUUAUAUUAAAACUGGAGCUUUAGUUGGCACCAGAAGAUGAAGUCCACCUUAAGUCUAAGGUGGAAAUAAUAGGACACAGGGAAAUAACCAGAACAAAAUGAUGUUCAGAACAAGGGCUGGGGAUUUAAUUUAUUUGUUUGUUUUUCAUUGUGCAAUUUAUUAUUUAUAAAAUAUCAUUUUUAAGCUUUUUAAAAUGGUUUUUGAUUGUCACUGCACUGUAUGACCUCACAUGAUGAGCUGAUGUAAUAACACUGUAUUCAUCCUUAAGCUGACUUUAUCCCUCUGAUCCACUGAACUCCAUAAUGUUAUUUAAGUUUCAUGUGUGACAACAGCACCGACUCUGUGGACCAAGGCCUCAUUUUUACCACAAAGUACCAGGAACCUGUAGGACUAAGGAGCAAUUUCAAGAUGGCUGCCACCUAUGGUGAGUUAUGUGAGGGUUAUUUAGAUACAUGGUUUUAGGUGGUGGUAAUGACAACAAAGUUUCAUUAGUCAAGUCGUCUUGUUCCUGAGUCUUCUACAAAAUGUUGAGCUGCCACACAUUACUGUUUUCCUGAUGCUCUGUUGCUGCUGUGCUGUAAUUGGUUCCUGGUAUUAGAUCACGUGGCGAAAAUGUGGCUUUUCUGUCCUUUAUAACAUAUACAAUUUAUUGUUCCCUUUAGUGUGUGUGUGUGUGUGUGUGUGAAUGAGAGAGAGA